AUGUCCUCCGCGGUCGAUCGCAAGAAGCGCUUUGUCGAGCUCAAGUCCAACCGGAUCGAGCAUCCGAGCUCCAUCAGCUUCCCCCCGGUUGGCGCCUAUGAGCAUGAAGAUGUCUUCUCCAUCGAGAAGUUCCAGAAGACUUUCAAGGUCCAGGUGAUCAAGCUGACCGACGACCACAUUGAGUUCGACUUUGUGGGCAUUGACGCGGCCCUGGCCAAUGCCAUCCGGCGCAUUCUGCUGGCCGAGGUCCCGACAAUGGCCAUUGAGAAUGUCUAUGUCAAGAACAACACCAGUGUCCUUCAUGACGAGCUCCUCUGCCACCGCCUGGGGCUGAUUCCCAUCUACGCCGAUCCGCGCCAGUUUGACUUCAAGUUCGCCGAGGACGAGGCCACCGACAUCAAUACCAUUGUCCUGUCGCUGAAUGUCAAGUGCACGCACAAUCCCAGCGCUCCGGCCGGCGCCAGCGAUCCGAAUGUCCGCUACAUCAACUCCACCGCUUUCUCUCGUGACAUCAAGUGGGUGCCCCAGGGACCACAGGCCGAGCGCUUCGCCGAGGAUCCAAUCCGCCCGGUGCACGAUGCCAUCGAGAUUAUUCGCCUGCGCCCGGGCCAGGAGCUGGACAUCGACAUGCACUGCGUCAAGGGCAUCGGCAAGAUCCACGCCAAGUGGUCCCCCGUGUCGACGGCAUUCUACCGCAUCAUGCCGCAGAUCGACAUCCUCAAGCCCAUCCCCUCGGAGUUGGUUGACAAGUUCGUUGACUGUUUCUCGCCCGGUGUCAUGACCGUGAGCACGGACUCCAAGACCGGCACCAAGACCGUCAGCGUGGCCAACGCCCGCAAUGACUCCAUGAGCCGCGAGGUCAUGCGUCACCCGGAGUUCGCGGACUCGGUUCGCAUCUCGCGCGUGCGGGACCACUUUAUUUUCUCGGUGGAGUCUGUCGGUAUGCUGCCCUCGGCUGUCCUCGUCCAGGAAUCCAUCAAGGUCCUCCGGGAGAAGGCCAUGCGCGUGAAGCUUGAGCUGAACCAGCUGAUCACCAACUCCAACGGCGAGACUGGUGCCGGGGAUGCCGACGUGUCUGAGGCCUCCUAA